UCUUCCACAAAGCUUCGAAAUCCCUCGAAAUUUAGAAUUUGAAUUUCUAGGGUUUGGAGCGGGUGGGGAUUGGGAUGGAUUUGCUGAGAUUUUGAUUGAAAGAUGUUGUCUUGCGAUCUCCAAGCUCGUCUCCUUUCAAGCGGGAAAUCCCCUGCUCUUGCUUUCUCUGUUUCCUCUCCAUUUUUAAACCGUCGAAUUGAAUUCAGAAGGUCUUCGAUUGAUUUAAGAUUUGAAAUCAUAUCUUCAAGAUUGAAGUUAUCGAGAGGAAGCGUUAGAGCACAGGCGUCAAAUGUCAAUAUUGGAGCUGGAGGUUAUGAUGGGUCAGGAGAGAUUGAAAAUACCAGGAAUCCUGCAGAUAACACAUCCGGAAAAACCUCUUCUGAAUUGGGAAAGCAAUUUUCUGGAUUUCGUUAUCUACUUUCUAUUUCAGGAGUCCUACUUGGAUGCUCACUAGUGUUUUCACUUGUUGCUUUCGCAAAGAUUGGCCCUUCUGCUCUUAUGUCCGCACUAGCAAAAUCAGGCUUCACUGCUGCAUUCACAUUGAUAUUUGUUUCUGAGAUUGGAGACAAGACAUUUUUCAUCGCAGCCUUGUUGGCUAUGCAAUAUGACAAAGCACUGGUUUUACUUGGGUCCAUGGGUGCUCUUUCCCUUAUGACAAUCUUAUCCGUCAUAAUAGGCCGGGUUUUCCAGUCUGUACCUGCACAGUUCCAGACAAGUAGGUAUGCGGCAGUGGCACUUCUUACAUUCUUCGGUUACAAGUCAAUAAAAGAUGCAUGGGAGCUUCCAUCAGUUGAGAAGAAGCACAGCGGAGAUAGCCCUGGAUUGGGAGAGCUUGUAGAAGCUGAGGAGCUUGUGAAGGAAAAGGUUGCCAAGAAACUAACCAGCCCUCUUGAGGUUGUCUGGGAGUCCUUCAGCCUUGUAUUCUUUGCAGAAUGGGGUGAUCGCUCAAUGCUGGCUACAAUUGCACUUGGUGCUGCCCAGUCUCCUUGGGGAGUAGCUGGCGGAGCCAUUGCCGGACACCUAGUUGCAACAGCAAUUGCUGUUAUAGGCGGAGCACUUCUGGCUAAUUAUAUCUCAGAAAAAGUGGUUGGAUAUUUGGGUGGAGUUUUGUUUCUGAUUUUUGCCAUUGCUACACUGCUGGGUAUUUUCUGAUAAUUGAAGCAGAGACAAGUAGAAGAAGAGCAGGUGUGCCAUUAAAUUGUACACUUCUUUUUGGGUUUAUUGUUAGCCAAACAAGUAAUAACCCUAGGAAAAGAUCAAAUAAUGUCUUUUUUUUUUGUAUAAUCAAUUAAACUUUAUUUAUGUUCCACAUUAUGCAUCCUUCUCUUUUUCGAGACUCAAAUUUGUAACUGUUUAUUGUGUUUCUAUUAACAUUUGUUAAUGUUUAUUCAACAUUUUAUUUUUGUAAAUCAGUUAUUCUUUUAUUAACGUUGCAAUAAAUCUUCUGCCAAGUUUGUACU